AUGCCGCGACCAACAUAUUACGCACACAUACAAAAGAUACCGCAGCCUCGUCACCAUCACCAGCCGCCUUUCAAAUACUAUCACUCACCAAACUCUAUAUACAAGUUUCCUAGAGUGAUACCGCUGCCGCCGCAUCUAAGAAACCAUUACUAUUUGAAGUCGCAACCGCUCAUGUUCGCCGCAUCUACUGGGAAACCUUCAAUAGUGAAGAGCCCGAAAUUCAGUUUACCGGUUCAAACUAUUAACGGUAUUCGAACAGAGUUCGUCAGACCACCCAAAUUUUGGAACAUAACAUCAACGACGACAACAACAACCACCACCACAGAAGCCACAACAACAACCAAAGCUCUGAGAACGAAACGUAUUUGGCCUAAACGAACUUCAGAACUAGACAACUCGACACUUUCCAAUGCAACUGUACUCGAUAACUCAUCAUUAAGCAACUCUUCCAAUGAAGACUACCUCGAAACAUCGGCCACAUUUCGCCGAUUUAGAUACGCAUACAAAAACGCGACGACCACGUCUACAACUCAAUCUCCAACGCUUCGGAGCUACCGGCCAGUAACACGAAUUCCUAAAAUCAAAUCAACGACCCCCACUAUUAAUUUCACAGCUAUCGGGCCAAACGACUGGGUACCUAUAGUACCUUCUCAUUUUCCUAAAUUAAGAACACUACUAGCGCCGAUACCGACGCCAAUAAACAAACGUUCGGAUUUCAUUACGAACUCGGAAACGCCUCCAGAAAAACAAAUGAUGUACCUGCAAAGUUUUGGUUUGGUCCCCGUAUCGAAGAACUCCGAGACAGCCAUGACCAGAAAAAAGAUGGUUUUCUUUAAAAGGAAACGACAAUUGAACCCGUAUUAUUCUGGUUACAGCCCGAGGCCGGGGAAGCCGCUGAAAGGGGUGAUAUACGGGGACCAAGAGACCGACGAGAGCCACAGCCAUCCCAGAGUUGUCACUAAAAUAAAACAUCAUCAUCAUCACCAUCACCACAGAUACAUUAAAACCGUCGAGAAACCAGUGAAAGUUCCAUAUAAGGUGGAAAUACCGAAACCCUAUCCUGUGACGGUUGAGAAGAAGGUCCCAUAUCCAGUGGAGAAAAUAAAAUUCGUCGACAAGCCAGUACCAUAUCCCGUUACCGUAGAAAAAAGGAUUCCCUACCCUAUCGGUAUAAAAGUUCCUCAUCCGGUCCCGGUGAAGGUUGUCGAAAAGGAAUACGUCCCAAAGCCUUACCCGAUUGUUCAUCACGUUCCUGUUGUGAAACAUGUGCAAGUGAAGGUUCCGCAUCCGGUGCCUGUGCCCGUGGAAAAAAAGGUUCCCUACCCUGUUGAAGUCAAAGUACCGGUAGACAGACCCGUACCGGUUCGUGUGACGGUCGAGAAAAAAGUACCGUACCCAGUUCCAGUCAAAGUUUUAGUCCCGCAACCGUAUCCGGUGGAAACUAAAGUGCCUUAUCCGGUAGAAGUCAAAGUUAAGGAGCCUGUCGAAGUUAUAAGGCACGUCCCUGUAAAAGUUCCAGUGCCGCAGCCGUAUCCCGUAAAAGUGCCUGUAAGAGUAACCGUGGAAAAGAAGGUACCGUACCCAGUGGAGGUUGAAAAGAAGAUACCGGUGCCAGUUGAAGUUUACAUACCGCAAAAAGUAGAGGUCGAGAAGAAAAUACCCGUUUACGUACCUAAACCUUACCCGGUGGAGAAGAAGGUACCAGUGCCGGUCAAAGUGCCUUAUCCUGUAAAAGUUCCGGUUCAAGUGCCCAUCGAAGUGCCGAUUUACAUUCACCAUCCUUAUCAAAUCGAAAGUGCUGAUUAUAUAAGUAAUGUGCAGCAAUACGAUCCGCAGAACGUCGGUCAAUAUUUUUCUAACAUUGCCAGUCAAUUUUUUUCUAAUACUAACAAGGGGGAACAGCGGAUCUUUGGCACAAUUUCAGCAGAAGUAUCAACAAAUUCGCCUCAACACACGGUCACUGCUCACGGUAAUUCAGGAUUUGCAGGUUUUCACUCUCGAUCCGGCACUGAUACACUAACUACGACGGCAGCCACGACCAUAUAA